AUGAAUCGAUCUGAGGUAGACUUCCAGGAUGACUACGAACACCCAGAGGGUAUAGAGUACAUAUUGGAAUCGGUAUUAAUGCCCAACGAUGGAAGUGUGGAGUUUCAACGCCUGGAAGAGGAGUACAAUUCCGUGCUCCUGACCUGCGACAGUAAAGAAACCUGUUCACAUGGCGGUCAGUACAAGUACAGCCCAGAUGGAAAGGAGUUGCUCCUUUGGAACAGCGAGCACUAUCCCAAACCAGUCAUCGAAUGCAAUCCCUUAUGCGAGUGUAGUAAAAACUCCUGUUCCAAUCGUCUCGUGCAAUAUGGACCAAGAAGGAAUCUGGAAGUCUUUGAUUCUCCGAUUUACGAAUCCAAAGGACUACGAAGUGGAGUAAAUAUUCCUAGCGGGGCCUUUAUCAGCGAAUAUGCCGGCGAACUAUUAACCACAGUCGAAGCAAAACGACGUCUGGAAGCAAAUGAGGCACUCGGCCUUAUGAACUAUAUCCUGGUCCUAAAUGAAUACUCCAGCGAUGAGAAGCAACAGGUGACUAUUGUGGACCCCUCUCGUCGCGGGAACAUUGGACGCUAUCUAAACCACAGCUGUGAACCCAACUGCCAUAUAGCAGCGGUACGAAUAGAUUGUCCCAUACCGAAAAUAGGCAUCUUUGCUACCCGCGAUAUUAAGGCCCAGGAGGAGUUGUGCUUUCAUUACGGAGGAGAGGGGCAGUAUAUGAAAACGAAAAAUGGAAAGACUUGCCUUUGCUCUGCUCCAAAUUGCACGGGUUACAUGCCAAACACUGCAAUUGAUUAA